AUGGCGCACGCCCACAUAACACCGUCCAACAUCCACCUCAAGUGGUCCAAGAAUAUCCCGCCCGCCCUCACCGUGCCGUCGGGCAGCGAACUCACGUUUGAGCUCCGGGACGGGCUCAACAACCAGAUCACGCCGGCCACGACGCAGGCCGACCUCCCCGGGCUCGACUCGGCGCAGGCCGACCCCGCCUUCGGCCCCGUCUUCGUCGAGGGCGCAGAGCCGGGCGAUGUCUUGCGCGUCGACAUCCUCGAGCUGACCCCAGCGCGGUAUGGGUGGACCGCCAUCCUGCCCGGCUUCGGCCUCCUCAGCGACGAGUUCCCGACGGGGCAGCUCAAGAUAUGGGACCUCACCACCAUCGACAAGGGCUACGCUUUGUUCAAAAAGGGCAUUCGAGUGCCCACGCGGCCGUUCUUGGGCGUCAUGGGUGUUGCGCCCCCUACCGACGGCGAGUUUGACACCAUACCGCCGUACCACUGGGGCGGCAACAUCGACUGCAAGCACGUCACUGAGGGGUCGAGUCUAUAUCUGCCCGUCCAGACUGCGGGGGCGCUCUUCAGCUGCGGCGACGGGCACGCGGCCCAAGGAGACGGCGAGGUGUGCGGCACGGCCAUAGAGACGCCCAUGACGGCGCGGCUCCGUCUCACGAUCGAAAAGGCUAAGCCGUGGGUGCAGUCACCACACUAUCUGACUGCUCCCACGUCGGCGCAGACGGCGCAGCGCGGCCAGGAGUAUGCCGCGGUCGGCAUCGACGCAGACCUCCGAGAGGCGGCACGCAAGGGCUUGAGGAGCGCCAUCGACUGGCUGCAAGGCGAGAAGGGCCUUUCGCGGGAGGAGGCGUACAUGCUGUGCUCAGUGGUGGCAGAUCUCAAGAUUGUGGAGGCGGUGGACAUGCCGCACUAUGCCGUGGCGUGUGCGGUCCCGUUGGGCAUCUUUGUAGACGAGGAGGAGGCAUGA